CGUGCACUCGCACGUGCGUUCCCCCGGGUUUUGAUGACCAGGGAAAAACAAAGAUCCGCUUCUUGGGGUUCCCAGUGCCGAUUCCGACACUGUGAAGAGGCCCUUGGCAGUGACACUGUGUGCUCAUUAUGGAGAGAGAGAAAAUGCUUAGAUCCACUUUGCAGAUUUAGACACAUGGAAAUGCAGCAAAACUGCAGUAUUUCAUGCUUCUGGGAAACUCAGCCUCUUGGGUGUGUGAAGAUCAGUUGUAUCUUUUAUCACAGCAAACCUCGAAAUAUCAAUGGAUUGUUUCUGCCGCCAAGUAGCAAUAUAACACCUCAAAAAGAAAGUCAGGAAGGAAUUCCACCUCCAAUCCAGAGUCAGGAACCUUUGAAACCUCAGGAAAAUAUAUCACGACCCAUUCACCACCCUCUGGUUUUAAAAACUAAUUUUGAAGAUGAAGAGGAGGAAGAAGAUGAACAAAAUGAUUAUUUGGCUUUGGGACAAUUUAAUUUAAAAACAAUAUGUCCUAUAGAUGCUUCUAGUUUAUGGACAAAGACUCCUGAAGAAAUUGAAGAAAAAAGAGCAAUAAAGGAGAUGUGUUAUAAAUCUGGUGAAUACUACAGAUUUCAUACUCCUCCAGAUAUUUCAUCAUCAAAAAGCAUAGUUUCUACAGUGGAAAAAGAGUUAGAAAAGCCUUUGGAAAAUGGCAGUGAAUUGCAAGAAGGGGAUGGUCUUACAGUUCCAACAAAACUGAACCUAUCUGAAAAGAAAGGUGAGGUAAAAACAUCAGAUAGGAAACCAAGGACUGACAUUGCUGCUUUUGAAAAUGGAGGGGGUGACUGUUAUGUUCCACAGAGGAUAAUAUUUCUGGGAGUAGAUGAAAAUGAAGUUUUGACUGAAGAAAAAGAAAUCACCAUGUCAAAAUGUUCAAAUACUAAAGAUAAUGGCAGUAUUCAUCCAAAGCGUUCCCUAACUACCCGACUAAUACCUACAACGCAUGUGUUAAAUGCUACUGAGAAUAUCAGUAUGAAGUGCAGAGAGGACGCCUCUUCAAUGAAUAACAUCCAGCCGGUGAGGAAGCCUCAUUUUAAGGGUGUGAAAAAAAGAAAAUGGAUUUGUGAUGAACCAAAGAACUUUUCUGGUCCAGGAAUGCGGAGAGCAGUACAGGUCCCAAAUCCAAAAAAUAAAAUGAGUUACCAUCGCAAUAAUAAAAACCGAAACGCUGAGAAUGCAUCCUAUAUCCAUGUUCAGAGAGAUUCUAUCAGGACUGUCUCACUGAAUGCUCCUCACCGCAGCAGGCCCACCAAUGGGUCCUACAACAAGGUCGAGGUUAACAAGGAACCCAAACUCAACCUGUGCCCAGACAAAUACAUGCCAACAUCAUAUAAUGGUUCAGCCUGGCGAAAAAGAAUUCCUUUCUCAAAAACAUAUUCUAAAACUGAAAAGAUAUAUACAGAGCCAAGAAGAAAUGGGAGCAAGUAAAACUGGAGGUUGAGAGAAGAGAAAAAUGAGAAAAGAGAAAAGUGCCGGACAUCAUCUGAUUUACAAUCAAAAAUGAAAAUUCAAAGAAUGAGAUAUUCAAGUUCUCCAUACUAUAUACUGGAUAGCCAAAGAUGAUAAAAUGCAAAUUCUGAAAUAAGAUGCAGGAAGUACAUUGUGCUCUUUCAAACCGAUAAAAAUGCAAAUUACAAACAGCUGCCUGUGUAUUUAUAGAGGUCUGGAAUUCAUUUGAUGCUUU